AUGUAUCAUCAAAGGGCGAAACAAAUUCGACGAGAUGAGAGGCCACUUAGUCCAACAAACACAGGUUCUGGCUAUGCUAGAUCAACAACUGAGAUACCACCAUUGCCGACAUUGAAGGCUGAUAUUCGAAAACCUUCCUUCGAUCUUUAUUCUGACUAUUAUUUGUCGAUUUUAGGUGGCGCUUUUAGACUACAUUUACAGUUAGGCCUAAAUGAGGACUCGGACCCCCUGGCAGUAUUGACAGUAGCAGACAGGCUGCACGAUGAUUGCUCGAAAGCCCUGCAAUCAAGUGAACCAGCAACAAGAAGCAGCCCGGAGGUACACUUGUGGCAACCUCCUCCUAUCAAUAUAAUUAAAGUUAAUUUUGAUGGAGCCUUCAAUCGUGCAACCUGUACUGGCACCGGAGCUUGUGUUGCAAGGAAUCACAACGGCAAGCCAAUCCAUUCCCAUGCCCAGGUUUUCAACCAUGUCCAGUCACCAAUGGUAGUGGAGGCUCUAGCUUUGCGGGAAGCAAUUCUGGUAGCCAGAAGAUUGCAGGUGAUGGAAAUUAUUUUUGAGGGCGAUGCUAAAUGCAUCAUUGAUGCCAUGAAAGGAGAGCUUUCUGUAGACUUGGAUUGUGAUGUGAUCCUUGAGGACUGUAGAAGGCUCUGUCAAACCUUUAGAUUAGUUUCUUUCGAAUUUAUUAGACGUUCCGGAAAUUGGGUGGCUAAUUAUUUAGCUAAAAGAUCCCUUAGAGAUAACUUGUUUUGUUACAAUACUCUAGCACAAUUGACGUGGCUAGAAUCGAGACUCAUGUAG